AGAAGGGAGAGGAGGGUGGCUGCAAGAGAAAGAGAGAAACCCCUCAGGAUUGUGUCUGAACACACCAGGGAGCAUCUCCGACUUUGCGGAGAGAGCUGGAAAGUGCACAGGAAGGCGGGUAGAGGGGGUAUGAGUAUCAAAGCGGCCGCUGUUGCUGACAGAGUGCACGGAGGGGGACUCAAACACUGACUCUGUUGAUUCCAGUGUCCCUGGCAUCAAGAAGAAGCCGGAGCAGGAGACUGGAAGGGGGAUUUUGGGGGAUCCUUUUUACAGAGAGAGCAUGCUGGGAGACGAGUGGAGAAGGACGGUGACAUAUUUGCAGCAAAAUAUCCUCUGAAACAUUCAAAAGACUGGGAAGGAAAGAUUAGAAUGACAUGUUCUACUUUUGGCUGUAUGGAUGCGGGGUAAUUGAGAGGAAAACUCCUGGACAGAAAACAUCAUUUAAAAAAAACAACGACUUAACGCAGAGCUUUUGAACUUUCUGGGGUUUUGGACACUUAAAAGCACAGUGUAUAAAUAACGUCUAUUCUAAGUUGCUGAAAUUGAGACCAUUAAAAUGCCUUAGACUGAUGCAGUCUGAGCUGUAAGUGGAUUACAACGCCGGUAUUUUGGGAUUGCACUUUUGCUUGGAAAAAAAAAAAAAGAAGAAAAUCCAUAAAUGGUGGAUUUACAUCUGUCAGAGAAGAAGAGGAUCCUGUGCUGCUUUCGUCUUGUGGAUUACAGAUGGGCUUUGUUAUCACUCAGCACAGUCUCAUGGAUGACUGUGCACCAGUCAUUAGGAUAAAGUACAAAGGGGGACUCAAGUGAGUACUGAGAUAAAUCUUUAUCUCUGAAGAUUAGGCAAACACGGAUGUUGAAAGUGAAGCAGCAAUUUAAGGUUUGUUUUUUUUUUAAUAGUCAGAAAAUGUAAGUGAUUUGUUCAAGUGUUGCGUUUAAUGACACAUGGGAGAGACAUACACAGAGCCGUUCAUUUGCUGACACGCUGAAUGAACAUCAAUGACUAAAUGAGUGGUUGUGUCUACCCGGCAGACAGCUUGAACACAAGCAGGGAUUGAUCGUGUUGGUCGGUGUGAUCCAUGCUUCCUGGAUUGUGGCUGAAACGGAAGUCACGGAGGGGAAUCUGAUCCACGUCCUCCUGGGACAAACUGAGGACACACCUCUUCAGCACACGGCUCCUCCUCAUUUUUUUUACUCGUGCAAGAAUGGUCCCCCCACCUCCCACCAACAAGCCCCACGUGUGCCUGUCCACCAUCCUUAUCAUGAGCAGCAUGGCACUGAUUGAUGCUUACCUGGUUGAGCAGAACCACGGCCCGCGCAAGAUUGGCAUCUGUAUCAUGGUCAUGGUGGGAGACAUCUGCUUUCUGAUUGUCCUGCGAUACGUGGCGGUGUGGGUGGGGGCUGAAGUGCGAACGGCUAAGAGAGGCUAUGCUAUGAUACUUUGGUUCCUCUACAUUUUUGUGCUGGAAAUCAAGGUCUACUUUGUGUAUCAAAACUAUAAGGCCGACAGGAAGAGCCUUGACGCUCUUGCCAGGAAGGCAUUAACGUUGCUGCUCUCCAUCUGCAUUCCAGUGCUCUUUGUGGUGCUGGUGGCUAUCGACCACAUGGAGUACGUACGCGCCUUCAAGAAACGGGAGGAGAUCCGAAAUCGUCUCUUCUGGGUGGUGGUGGACUUGCUUGACAUUCUGGACAUUCAAGCCAACCUAUGGGAGCCCCAGAAAAAGGGCCUUCCUUUGUGGGCGGAGGGUUUGAUGUUUUUCUACUGCUACAUCCUCCUACUGGUUUUACCCUGUGUGUCUUUGAGCGAGAUCAGCAUGCAGGGUAUCAACAUUGUACCUCAUAAGAUGCUCCUGUACCCCAUCCUCAGCCUGGUGACUAUAAACAUCAUCACCCUCUUCAUCCGUGGAGGGAACAUGAUUUUAUACAAGGACGCCAGGGUCUCUGGAAUCCUGAUAGGAAAGAACAUACUGGCCAUCAUCCUAAAGACCUGUAGCUUUGUGCAGUACAGAAGACAGUUGCAGAGUGCUCCGCCGACGUUUGGGGUCGAACUGCAGAAAAACUCCCUGGCACAUGCUCGCCCUGCCCCCACCCCGACUCAAGUGCAAGUGGUCCUACAGGACCAGACACCUCUUCCCGAGGUGACGGCGUGUGAGCACACAUGACAAAAUGCUGUGCGGAACCCUGAAGAAGCUUGCAGGGAACAAUAUUUCACACUUUUUAGGCCAUGUCAACAAUCAUUUGAAUGCACUGAUGCGUAGGAAGCAUCUGCACUGCUGUCACGGGGCAAAAUACAUCACUUGUUACUCCUGUAAAGUCCUUCAUUUCUUUAAUUGUGUAUUUUUCCAACUGUUAAACAGGAAAAAAAAGCAGCAAGAGUAUAUAUUUUUGAAUUUGAUGUUGCAUUCUAGUGUGCUGUGGUGUGUUUCUGUAGCUUGAGUCUUCUUAGUCGCCGAGGGCUUUAAACACACCUUGAGCAAGUCAUGUGAAAAUAAAUGUUCAAGUGAGUGUUUUCUAUGUAACUUUUUGAUAAAAUACUGCCCUUCUUCUGUAAGAACAGGGUUUGCAUCACAUCAUUGGACCAAUUCAAUGUGUUGCUGUUUUCAAAUUCCGCAGGUUUUUAACGAACCUGUGCAGCAAAAUAAAACAGAAAAAAGAUUUUUCCACUCAUUGCUGAAGUGGUGCUUUUGCAGCAUUAUUCCUCCAAAAUAAAAUAGAAAAUGAUUUUUCCACUCAUUGUUGAAGUGGUGCUUUUGCAGCAUUAUUCCUCUAGAGGUUUAAUUGUCUGAUCUCAGGUUGCUUAUUUGGAGUGCGAACAGCGAGAUGACAUCUCUAGUGUCUCUAGGUCUGCACACAGGGAUAGCACACCAGUAUGACCACAUGAUUAGUCAUGCAAAAUUACUAAAAGACUCGCAAUGGAACCGCUAAGGUCGAAUGGUCCUGAAUUUCGUAAUUUGCAAUUCAGGAAAAUAUCCGCUUCUAAAUUUGCACAAAAAUCCAGAGCUCAAUGAGCACAUGGAUGACACCACACACCAACUGUACUGUAUCUAAAGCGGUGUAGUCUUAAUUACAGGGUACUCAGGCACUCAGAAGAGUGCAGACCUCUACCACAUUGGACAGACUGUGGUCUGCAUAUCAACACAAAGGAUUCCAACUACCGGUUUAAAGCAAUAUUACUUAUUUUUAUACAGGGCUGUACAAAAGUCAAAGUAUAUUAAUAACAGAAAAAAUGCACUCACACUGUGGUGUACUAAUGGUUCCGGUUAAUAUGACAAAAGAAAAUACAUUCUUUAAGUCGCAUUUUAUCACAAUUAAUAAUGUGUGCUUGCUAUGCACAUGUGCCACGUAUUUCCAAUGUUCCCUGAAACUCAUCUAUGUAGUUUUUGAGUACAACUCAAUUUAGCUGAGUUAAUUAUUAGUAGGGAUGAGUUGUGUGUAGUUGGUGAUUCAACUGUCAGCAGCCUGGUUGGCUGUAUUUUUUUUCAAAAGCACCGCGUUCAGUACUACAAGCAAUUUUCCAACUGACUUUAUAUCACCAGCAAGCAAGAUGACGAGGAAAAAAAAAAAAAACACCAUCAGUGACUGAUGCACGAUCGUGCCCUCUUGUCUGGUGUAUUUUAUGAAACACUUUUAAGAUUGCAGGGUGCAUACUGUAACGUAUUGAGAGGGGUGUAAUAUUUUAGCCCGCUUAUGCAAGCCAUACAUGCAGAAUGCUUGAUGCCAGCCUCGUGCGGCAUCAAGCGUGCCUCUAGUAUUGUGGCCAAUCAAUGUAGGUCUGCACAGUGCUGUACAGCGCUACGGAACAAGUUGAGAGGAAAACCAAAAUAGAGACGAGCUGAAGAAAAACCUAAUCAAGUGGAGACAUUGUGACAUGCUGAGCUGUUUUAAACUUCCCAAUUGCACGUUGCACUUGAAUGAGGCACCGCUGAGGUCCUCCCUGUCUGCUGCUUGCAGAGUCCGUCUCGGGAGAGAGUCGCUGUGUGUGACACAGAGCAUGAAGAAUAAUAAUAAUGAGCAUUUUCUUUAAACCUGGAUAAUGACGAAAUGUACUCGUUUCAUACUUGUAUCCGGCAAAAAUACAUAAUCUGUAAUGUAUACGUGUUUUAUCCCCUAACUUCCCCUAUUCCCCUAUUUUUACCUAACGAAAGCAGACAUAAAGAGGGUGUAAACCAGGGGUCUCAAACUCAAUUUACCUGGGGGCCACUGGAGCUAGGGUCUGGGUAAGGCUGGGCCGCAUCAGGUUUUACAAAAAAAAACAAAAAACGCAUUUAUUAAAAACAAAAUAUACAAACUUUUUCAGUGCUUUGGUUCCGAUUUUCUACAAUAAAAGCUCUGAUAAAACAUUCCACUGUUCUCAAAUAUCUUAAUUUUUAUUUUUCUGCACAAAAUAAGAUGAAAAAUAAAUAAACAUAUCAAGAAUAAAGAAAAUCAAUCAAUCAGUAAUAAAUAAAUAUAAUAAUAAUUAAACGGCAAAUAAUAAAAACUUAAGAAACCACAUAUAGUUGGUGGGUAGACAAAUUAUUUUUUUCAGAUUAAAAUGAA